GGUUAAGUGUUUCAGAUGGCAGCAGUGACUGAAGUGACUCUCUCCGGGGCUGAGGAAAUCGUAACAAAGAUGGCUGCUUCCAACUCAAAUAUAUCAAGUGAAUUUGGAGAGAAAAAGGAAGAUGAGUUUAACGAAUUUUACACUGAAGUCAAAGAAAUUGAGAAACGCGAUGCUAUCCUCACGCCAAAGCAGCAAAUUGAUAGAUUACUACGUCCUGGCUCGUCAUACUUCAACUUGAAUCCAUUCGAGGUACUUCACAUCGAUCCUACCACAACGAUAGAUGAAGUUAAGAAGAAAUAUCGUCGAAUGUCAAUUUUGGUGCAUCCAGAUAAAAAUCAAGAUGAUGCAGAAAGAGCUCAACAGGCUUUUGAAAUUGUUAAUAAGGCGUGGAAAACCCUAGAGAAUGAAGAGUCACGGGCGAAGUGUAUGGAUGUUAUUGAAGAGGCAAAAGCCCGUACGGAUCAUAUGAUAGCUGAAAAGAAGAAAAAAUUGAAAAAGGAAGGAAAAGAGGGUGGAACUGUUCCGGUGCUUGAGGAAGAGAGUGAGGAAGGUUACAGUCAUGCUGUGUGGGUGAUGACGAUGAAAUUAUUCGCAGAUAUGGAACGCAGAAGACGAGAAUUAGCAAUGAGAGAUGCCGAACAACGGAAACGAAAACGCGAAGAAGAACUCAGUGCUGAGGCGCAAGCGGCUAUGGAGAAAGAGUGGCAGAAGAAUUUUGAGGAAUCUCGGCAAUCCAGGGUGGACAGUUGGAAAGCAUUUCAGUCUGGAUCGGGUGCAGCCAAACAGAAGAAAACAAAAAAAUUGAAGGCCUUCAGGCCGCCGAAAACGAAAGCCGAGUCACGAUAAUGUAUCAUGAGUAAUUGUAACUCUUUGGUUGUGGCCAAAAACAAUUUCUUCUCCACAUGAAAAUUGAAAAGUGUUGUCAGAACAUUUUCUCAUAAUAUUUUCGAUGUACAGGUAAUUGCGAUUGAGACUAUUACUUCGGAAAUUUAUCAAUCAAAAUGAAAAAUAAGUGCAUAUAUGCUCAAAAUAUCAUUCGCCACAAUCUCAACGAAGUAGUUUUCAAUGCUCGAAAAGAGACAUAACAAGGUAUGAGAUCGUGAUUUUCAUAAUUCAAUUAUCAAAACUUGUGAAUGAUGCGUCAAAAAAAAUAAGUCAAAUGUGAAGAGAGCGUAGAUUUCUGUAUCGUAUGAAUGAAUAUUAAAUACUGUAUGUUUACUUAGUAUUGAGAUGGAACCAUUCAAAUACUUUCUCACAAGUCCGAGUAAAUGCCUUGGAGUCUGUUUACCAUUUAAGAAUGAAUUUGCUUUCUUUCUCUCUGUGAUUUUGUUAACGAAUGCAUCGUUCAAGAUCGAGUAAGCACUGUCCCAUUGUCUAAUCACCAGCGAUUUAUAAUACGAGGUAAAAAUAUUUUUCUAAAAACAAUGACGAUUCAUGAUUUUCGGUGCGUAAUACGGGUACGCCAUUACUGAUGAUCAAAAUUGAGGGAAAAUUUAUGACGAUGCGGUUUCACGAUGGCAAAGGAUCAAAUGAUGUUUAUAUUUAAGUUUCUGGGUGGAUUUUCUUUCGAAUGAUAUUUCGAUAUAGAACAAAACCAGUGGAUGUAACGCUCGAAAGAUAAUUGAACCGGGCCUUGAAAAUCAGUCAGAGUCUUAGAAUAAUAAGUCUAAUAUUUUUACAGUACGGCGUGCGUAAAACUUACACAUACCGCACUAUAAAAUUAUUUACGUAACUUAUUGUAAAAUACGUUUUUGGCUCGAGCCGAAAAGCUCAUACUCAUCAAGAACGUAAGAAUUAAUUUGUGUAAAAUACUAUUUUCAAUGCAGUCGAUUUCAAAUAAUUAUUGUUUUUUAAAUUUCUGUCGAAUUGAAAAAUAAAAAACAGUUAAUUAAAAGAUAA